CGAGCAUUGCUGGCGUCGUCGGGCGCGUGCCAGCGACCGGAUGCGCCACCGGCGACAUAAUGUGGCUUCUUGAUGAGCCGAAUCAACCUUAUGAAGACUGUGAGCAGCUACUUUGCUUUCGCUAUUAUAAUGGUGAAGGCGAAGAAUGUGUGGCGGAGUCCCCUACAAUACCACCGCGUUUCAAGGUAGACCUAAAGAAAUUACCUCUCCGUCUUAAGGAAGGUAUGUCAAGAAAGCGGAGUGGUGACCAAAUAUCACCGUUUACCUAUCAUAAUGAGAGUUUUGAAAUGAAUUCUGAGAACCCGCCCCGAGUAGAGUUCGUCUCCGGUAUCAGCCAAGACAUUAAGCAUCUAAGCGAAAAUGUUAACAAAUGCUCAAUUAGUGCUUUAGAAAGCAACGGGAACAAUUUAAAUCUCGAUCAAACAAAAUGUGAUCCUAGUAAAUCUCUAGUUAGUAGUGUAAGUAAAGAAUCUCUUUCUGUAAAUAGUGAAUCUCAGAGUGCUAUAGACUGUAAACCAACAUCCUCAGGAGUUAAGAAAAAAUGUCCUCCGCCAGUAGACACAGGUGGUGGACAAAUCUCAACUGGUGUAAAAAAGAAAACGAAGGCGAAUAGUGGUUUCGAGUCACCUACUUCGCCAGGUACAGAGUAUUAUAAAAUAUGGUCACCAAAGAAUCCCUGUAAAAUAAUGAAAUUUGUGUAUGAUGUUGAAGGUGCCAAUGUACCAAGUGAUGCAGAAAAAUCGCCCGUACCUCCUCUUCCUCCACGACAAUCUCACAAACCACUCGAAAGAAUGCACGCAUUAUCUCCACCUCAGGUACCAAGACAUCGAAAGCCAAAAAAACUCACAAAACCAGAAGAUGCGUUUACAUUUGAGUUGAUAGAUAUAGAUGAACAGUUUUUUACUGAAAAUAACAUUACAAAUUCUGCGGUAUUACAAGGUCAAAUUAAUGAUUUUAAACCUGGAGAGUUUUACUCGGGUAAUCAGGUAGCUAUGUCUUCAACGACUAGCUUUUGGAGAGGAGGACAAAACGUGGCUCCUCUAGCAACACCUGAAACUGAUGGUAGCUUGUGUGAUUCGAUGGUCUCGUCUAUGAAAAUGUCUAAGUUAAUGGAAGAAAAGAAAAUUAAAGAUGUACCUGAAAGUUCUACUAGUAUUAGUAAAAAUAAUAUAAUGUUUAUUAAAGACAUAGGACCAGAUAAUUAUAUAACUACAACGUUUGCUAGGAAAGAUAAAUCUAGUCUCACUGAUGUCGUAGAUGGCGUUACUCAGACGCCAAAUCAUGCGAAGUCAGAAGAAAAAGCUCAAAACAUAUUUCUAAACGAUAUUAGUAAUAAUUCUGAAUUUGAAGAUGACAAUAGAAAUCAAAUAGAAGAGAAAGAAAUUACAAUAUUAAAAAGUCAUAAGCCGCUGACAAGGCAAAGUUCAGGCCGCGCCACGCCCACAAUGAUGACAGCUUUUUUGAACUCAUCUCAUAUCGAUACACCAACUAGGGAAACCGAUAAUAAUAGUCCUAAUGCGCCAAGCUCUUGUAACUCUUCUCAUUCAUCAUCACCUGUGGAUGAUCCAAACAAAACUUUACCAUGCGUAGGAACUCUGUUGAUGAAUCGAAAAUAUUCGUGUGAUAAUUCAACCCCAAAGCAUUCUAGUUUACCUCGGCAUUUAUUAAAAAACCUAGGAUGCGAUGUUACACCAAAGCACUCACCACAUAAGACGGCCAAUAAUGCUUUGAAAAAUAACGAGGAGAGUCCAGUGCGUCCACAUCCUAGAGUACUAUCGCGAGUGGCAGCUUUAGCUGGUACCGCAAUGCCUCAGUGUCCACCUACACCUACGCACCAUGCGAGACGACCGCGCCCCAUUCCUCCGCCAGAUCUACACCCUCCACCCAUAAACUCUGAGAGUAGGUUACAUGAGAACUUUGAAAUGGUGGAAUUUACAAGUGAGUUACGAACAUCAGAAAUCAGAUCGCCAAAUCUCGAAUUUGUUAAUAGUAAUCACUUUACGAUAGUACAUGCUGGACCGCCUGAUGACGUUGUUCUUCGACGACCUCGGCCCAUCGAGGAUAAUGAUGACAAUGACAAUACUGUAGCGUCACCAACGCCUUUGAGACAUAUGGCUGGUAUUAGAUUACCGUCGAUACCUGAGAGGGCGUCGAGGCAAAUGGCGUUAACCGGUGACUUUCCUGCCAAUAUGAUUGGAGGGAUUAUCGAAUGUGAAGAGCCAUUACCUGCAGGAUGGGAAGCCCGUAUGGAUAGCCACGGGCGAGUGUUCUAUAUUGACCACAUAAAUCGUACUACAACGUGGCAACGACCCGGCGACAAUGGAAUAACACCAAGAUCGCCAGCUCCUGAAGUACAGAGGAGACAACUUGAUAGAAGAUAUCAGUCAAUAAGGCGCACAAUGACACGCACGCAGCUAGCGGAGGACGGGGGAGCGUGUGCAUCUCCACCGCCCGCCCCAGCGCCCUCCGCCCCCGGCCCUGCGCACUCUGUCGCCGCCGCCUGUGCACCCGCUACCUCUUCCGCUUCCGCCCGAACACCUCACGCGCCACACCCCGCCGCCGAAUUCCUGGCCCGACCGGACUUCUAUUCCAUACUUCAUAUGAACCAGGAGGCGUCUUCUCUCUACAACUGUAACUCUACUCUUAAGCACAUGAUCUCCAAGAUCAGGCGGGACACGGCGUCGUUCGAGCGUUACCAGCACAACAGGGAUCUGGUGGCUCUCGUCAACAUGUUCAGCGAGACCGACCGUGACUUGCCGCUCGGGUGGGACACCAAGCUAGAUAGAAACGGCAAGCGCUUCUUCGUGGACCACGUGAUGCGUCGCACCACGUUCAUCGACCCGCGCGUGCCGCCGCUGCCGCGCGCCGGGCCCGCGGCCGGGCCCUACAGCCCGCUGCUGCCGCCGCGGAGGCGCCCCGACCACCUCGCACAUCUUAUCCAGGCGCCGACGCCGCCACCUCGGCCCCCACUUACGACCGUGGAUACACACGCACACAACUCGCAGGAAGAAAUACCUGUCGCUUAUAAUGAUAAGGUGGUGGCUUUUUUGCGGCAAGCGAACAUAAUGUCAAUAUUACGGGAGCGCUGCGGCAAGGGCAGCGGGUGGGGCGGCUGGGGCGCGGGCUGGGGCGGCGGCUACCCCGCCCUACGCGACAAGGUGCGCGCCGUGCGCACAGAGGGCGCGGUCGCGCUCGCCAGGUACCAGUACGACGUGCAGUUCACCUGCAUGCUCAGCCUGUUCGAGCAGGAGAUCAUGAGCUACGUGCCGGCGGGCGGGUGCGGAGCAGCCGCGUCACCCGCGGCCUCGCCGGCGGCAGCGCGCAGCACGCGAGCACCCGCACCGCAGCGCCGCGACUUCGAAGCCAAGCUACGGGCCUUCUAUCGCAAGCUGGAGAGCAAAGGAUAUGGCCAGGGACCCGGGAAAUUAAAAUUGAACAUACGCCGAGAGCAUCUUUUAGAAGAUGCGUUCAGGCGCAUCAUGUCAUGUGGGAAGAAGGAGCUACAGAAGGGCAAGCUGUGCGUCCUCUGGGACGGCGAGGAGGGGCUAGACUACGGCGGCCCCAGCAGAGAGUUCUUCUUCCUCUUGUCCAGGGAACUCUUCAAUCCCUACUACGGCCUCUUCGAGUACUCCGCAAACGAUACUUACACGGUCCACGUGUCGCCCAUGUCGGCCUUCGUCGAUAAUCAUCAUGAAUGGUUUCGGUUCUCCGGCCGCGUGUUGGGCCUGGCGCUAGUUCACGGGUACCUGUUGGAGGCGUGGUUCACCAGAGCGUUGUACCGCGCGCUGCUGCGACUGCCGCCUGCCCUCGAGGACGUCGACGCACUGGACGCCCAGUUCGCUGCAUCACUGCGUUGGUUGCAGUCGGCCCGCUGCGUGUCGUCUCUGGAACUGACUUUCGCUGUAUCGGAACGUCUGGCUGACGGGCGAGUACUUGAACGGGAGCUGAAACCCGGCGGCAGAGAUGUACCCGUCACUGAGAGGAACAAGAAGGAAUACUUGGAGCGCGUGGUGCGGUGGCGAGUGGAGCGAGGAGUUGCAGAGCAGACCGAGUGGCUCGUACGAGGGUUCCACGAGGUGGUAGACCCUCGGCUGGUGGCUGCCUUCGACGCCCGAGAAUUGGAGCUGGUAAUCGCGGGCGCCCCCGAGCUGGACGUGGCCGACUGGCGCUCCAACACAGAGUACCGAGGCGGAUAUCACGACGGCCAUCCCGUCAUUAUAUGGUUCUGGCAGGCGAUCGACAGAUUCACGAACGAGCAAAGGCUGCGUCUCGUCCAAUUCGUGACAGGCACAUCGUCGAUCCCGUACGAAGGAUUUUCGGCGCUGCGAGGUUCAACCGGCCCACGCCGCUUCUGCAUCGAGCGCUGGGGUCGCAUCGAGUCUUUACCGCGCGCCCACACGUGCUUCAACCGGCUCGACUUACCCCCCUACCCUACCCUGCAGCUGCUACACGAGAAACUCCUAUUAGCCGUAGAAGAAACCAACACAUUUGGGAUCGAAUAAAUUUAAUUUAUACUUCUAUUAUUAUAUGUAUUCUAAGCACGCGCAGUGUUAAAUCUAAAAUGCUUCACUGAAAAUAAAAGUCGCCGAAUAAUGCAAUGAUUACUAUUUCUUCUGUAUGUAUAUUAAGUGUUAGUUCUUACUCCUCGAAGCCAGAAUUAAGUAUUCGCAAAUGUAUAUAGUAAUUAAUUGUAAUCGUUGGUCAAUGUAUAUAAUAGUCAAUUCAUAGAAUAGUUUUAAAAUAUAAAUGUAACACGAGUUGUUAUGACACUAUGUAAAAGUAACGUAGAUGUGCCUCUAGACACUUAAUGUUAAUAUUACUAGCCACUCCUAUAUAUUGAGGUUUGUACUUUGUAACGCUUUUAUUGUAAGUGAAGUAUAUUUUGGCUGUGAAAUGGGAUUUGUAUCCCAUAUUUAGGUAUUACGCUUUGUCACUAAUUUAUGAUGUAAUAAUGUAACAUGCAGUUUAGAGUGAGGACAGCUGUUAUACAAGUUCAUAGUAAUAAAAUAAAAAUUGUGUCGGUUUAUUUGUUUAAUCGAAUGUUAUAUUAAAAUAUUUCCAUUUACAAACAAAA